AUGCUACUGUACGGAAUCAUUGAGUUCGCGGUGCCAGUCCUGAAGCUGUUGCUCAUGCUUCUGGAUCAACUCCUGCUGCAUGUGAAGUUGGCUCUGGAGAAGCUGCAGCUGUUGUUGGAGGACGUCUUUAUCGUCCAUGGCCCAGGAGACGCAGCAGGCCCAGGAGCCGCAGGAGCCGCAGGAAAGGCAGGAGCCGUAGGAAACCCUGGACAGCCGGGAGGCCACGGAGGCGACGGAGGUGCCGGGGGACCAAGAUACGCAGGAGGCGCAGGAGGCGCAGGAGGCGCCGGGGGCGCAGGAAUCAGCGGGGCUGCUGGAGGCGACGGCGGUUCAGGAGGCACCGGGGGCCCAGGAGGCACCGGGGCCGUAGGAGGCGUGGGAGGCGCAGGAGCCGCAGGAGGCGUAGGAAGCGCCACAGCACGAGGAGGCAAUGGAGGUUCAGGAGGCGACGGAGGCAAAGGAGGUGCCUGA